CGUCAGUCAGUGGCCGCGCGUUGUCCACGUAACAUCGUGACGGUUUUUUUUACCUCGUAUCCUUCGCAAUCUUUCAAUAAAUUCUCCGUCAUUUACACUUUCCAAUGCACACCCUUUCCCUUCUCCCUUAAAAAACAAUUUCCACUUUGUUGCAUUACUUAAUCCUUCCGUUAUCUCUGAUAACUAACGAGAGAAGCAAGUGUUGUUUCGUACCGCGUGUACUGUUCGAGCAACUCUCGUUUGACAUACCAACGAUGUGACAGUGAACGGAACUCACGGAAGGUGUGGCGCGAAAAGUAUAGUGUACUCGGACAGAGACGAGCAGAUUCUCUCGAUCUGCCCCAUUCCCGUGAUGCUCAAGGUUAAGGAACGUUAUCUGUUCACGCUUGUCUUACCAUGAAGUUGAAUAAUAAAGAAGCAAGAACCUUUGAUCGAGCAGUGUUCAUUGCCAGCGCGAGCAGAAGAUAAAUAAUUGUUGCAAAAUGUUGAUAAAGGAAUAUCGGAUACCGUUGCCUCUCACUGUCGAGGAAUACAGGAUUGCUCAGCUUUAUAUGAUAGCGAAAAAAUCUCGAGAAGAGAGUCAAGGAGCAGGCAGCGGUGUCGAGAUAAUAGUAAACGAGCCUUACAGCAACGGCCCCGGUGGAAAUGGACAAUACACCCACAAGAUCUACCACGUCGGCAGCCAUCUUCCAGAAUGGUUCAAAAGUCUUCUACCAAGAUCCGCCUUGAUCGCCAAAGAAGAAGCAUGGAACGCUUAUCCCUAUACAAAGACCCGAUACACCUGUCCCUUCGUCGAAAAAUUCUCCAUCGAAAUAGAAACGUACUAUUUCCCUGACAAUGGGUACCAAGAAAAUGUCUUCAAGCUUAGUGGUAGCGAUUUGAGGAACAGAAUCGUUGAUGUAAUCGACAUCGUCAAGGAUCAGUGCGAUUAUGUGAAGGAGGAGGACCCUAAAACGUACGUGUCCCAGAAAACUGGUCGAGGACCUCUCACGGAGGCGUGGUUAGAGGAAUACUGGGCUGAUGUGAAAGGAAAGCAACAGCCAACACCAUCCGGCAAGUCGUUAAUGUGCGCGUACAAGUUAUGUCGCGUGGAAUUCCGUUACUGGGGCGUGCAGACGAAGCUAGAAAAGUUCAUACACGACAUAGCCUUGCGGAAAACCAUGGUGCGAGCACAUAGGCAAGCCUGGGCCUGGCAGGACGAGUGGAACGGUUUAACUAUGGAGGACAUUCGGGAAAUUGAAAGACAAACGCAACUGGCUUUGCAGAGAAGAAUGGCUAAUGCGGAAGGUGGAGAGGAAGCUGUGAACGAGAACCAAGAAAAGACUGCGUCCAACACGACGAUGACUCCUCAGGAGUCUGAUGUUGCGAUGACUUUAGCUGCCACGCUUGGGAGCAUCGAGAAGAACGAAGAUCUUCAAAGUCCACCUAGUGUCAGGAAGUCGUCGGACAUUCCUAUGUCCAACACGACAGUUAGCUCGGAAGGUGAACCCAGUCCUGAAGACUCGCCGACAGAAUUACCGGAGCUUAGAACCGCUUCUGCCGAGGAAAAGGGUGACACAAAGAAAGCGUGGCUGAAGAACAAAGCCGCGAUGAAUUCCCCGUGUUCGAACAAAAGUUUCGACAUGCAGAUAGCGAAUUGGCGCAUGGAAAGUAUCGUGAGAGAAUCUGAAUCGGGCAGCGAAGACGAGUUCUUCGAUUGUCAAGAGGACUUUGGAGAUAACACUUCAUUAGCUAAAUGGAGUUCUUUGGAUCUUCUAGCAGAAGAGGAGGACAAUACGUUCACUUCGUGUACCAGCACAAACAAGGAAGAUGACACGAUAUUCUCACCUUCGUAUCUGCAACGAAUGGCCAGUGAACGUAGCAGUAAAAGAUUGCAGAUCUCCACUUCAGCAAGUAUCGAUGCCUCUUGUCCAGCGUCGCCUCAACAUUCCCCUACUCAUCAACCCUGCAAGACAACUGUUCUUAUUAUUGUAAUGCACGCUGGUAGCGUUUUAGACGCGAACGUCGAUUUGACGGCGAAGAAGUCAGACAUCACAACUUUCAAAGGAGCCUUUGAAUCAGUGAUGCGACAACAUUAUCCCAGCAUGGUUGGUCACGUAGCCAUUAAGUUUGUUUCCUGCCCUUCCAUCUGUACAGAAGGUCUGGGUAUUUUAUCUAGUUUAAGUCCGUACAGUUUCGACGUAUCACCCUCUUCUAUGGACGCCCCUCAAGUGACACAUGACACUAUUCCUAUUGGCGCGAUACCACUGCUAGCUAGUUCCACUCCUGAAUACCAAGAUGCAGUCACGAAAGUUAUAGUAGGAGCCAAUCAAGUCUAUCACGAAUUCAUCAAAAGCGAAGAGGGUCGCGGUUUCACGGGGCAGAUUUGUUUUAUAGGAGACUCAGUAGGAGCGAUUUUAACCUAUGACGCUUUGUGUAGAUCUACACAUUCUAGACAUAACAGCGAGAACAAUAUUUUGGAUAAUCAAGGCGUUGAGAAUAGCGGGAACCCUGAAGAUGGCAAACACUUGACUGCACCUUCUCCUAGAAGGAAAUCUUCUAGUAUAAGUGAAAUGUCACACUGUAAACUGGAUUUCGAAGUAGGAGAAUUUUUUAUGUUCGGUAGUCCACUUGCUCUAGUCCUAGCGUAUAGAAAAAUAUCGUCGAGCAGCGAUAAAACUAGCAACAUUAAGAGACCGUUGGUGAAUCAGCUGUAUAAUUUAUUCCAUCCUACCGAUCCAGUAGCGGCUAGGUUGGAGCCGUUGAUAUCUGCUAAGUUUUCUCUUCUUCCGCCCGUGAACGUGGCUCGAUAUCAAAAGUAUCCAUUAGGGAAUGGUCAGCCUUAUCAUUUAUUGGAAACAAUUCAGUCAAACCCACAGUUGUUUUCGGACGGUUUAAACAUGCCAAUGUCCCAUUUAAGACGACUGUCCGAUAUAUCCAUUCAUAGUACAAUGUCUGGUAUGGUUGAAAUUGUUCCUUUACAGUUAGUGUCUAAUUUGCAGCAAAAGUGGUGGGGUACGAAGAGAUUAGAUUACGCUCUUUAUUGUCCAGAGGGUUUAGCGAAUUUCCCUACGAACGCUUUGCCACAUCUUUUUCACGCUAGUUACUGGGAGUCCUUUGACGUCAUUGCAUUUAUUUUGCGGCAAUUAGGCAGAUUCGAUUUGUCGUUGCUCUCUAACGAGGAGAAAGAGUUAACGUGUUUCCGUCCAGGUCAACCUAGAGAAAAGUGGAAUAAGAAACGUACUUCCGUUAAGCUUAAGAAUGUCAAUGCCAAUCAUAGAGCAAAUGAUGUAAUUGUUAGAGAAGGAGCACCGCAAGUGUUGGUUGCUAGAUUCAUGUACGGUCCAAUCGACGUUAUUGCUUUAAGCGGCGAGAAAGUAGACAUUCACAUUAUGAAGAAUGCACCUGCCGGAGAAUGGACGUAUUUAUCAACCGAAGUAACUGAUAAGAACGGUAGAAUAACGUAUAAAAUACCGGACGAUAAAGCCUUAGGUUAUGGACUAUAUCCAGUUAAAAUGAUCGUCAGAGGUGAUCAUACAUCUGUAGACUUCUUCUUGGCUGUGAUUCCACCAAAAACUGAGUGUGUGGUGUUUAGCAUAGAUGGUUCGUUUACUGCAAGUAUGUCUGUUAGCGGAAAGGAUCCAAAAGUGAGAGCUGGAGCUGUUGACGUUGUUAGACAUUGGCAAGAGUUGGGUUACUUAAUUAUUUAUAUCACCGCGAGGCCUGAUAUGCAACAACAGAAAGUUGUUUCAUGGUUGUCUCAACAUAACUUCCCCCAUGGUCUCGUAUCGUUUGCGGACGGUCUUUCGACAGAUCCGCUUGGUCAUAAAGCUGCGUACUUAAACAAACUUGUACAGGAUCACGGUGUGAUAAUUCACCACGCUUACGGCAGUAGCAAAGAUAUUAGCGUUUACACUGCGAUUAAUUUAAAACCGAAUCAAAUCUUCAUCAUUGGGAAAGUACCAAAGAAACAUCAUGCUUCGGCAACGAUUCUUCACGAUGGUUACGCUGCUCAUUUAACUACCCUACAAGCGCACGGUGGCUCGAGACCAGCCCAGGGCAAUGCACGUAUGGUGAUUCCAAGAGGUCAGUUUGGUUUGCCCGGGCAAAAUGCUUCUCUACGACGGAGAAGGUAAUAAUUCUCGAUCCCUCGCUAUCUUCGACGUUCAGAUGUUACGGUUGCUGCAGAGUGGUGGAAAGAGUGUGCGUACGCGAUAAAUGUUGUCCCCUAGAAAGAAGACACCCAGAACGGGCGUAAGCCUCGGAGAGUAAUAAUAUUCUAUUGUCUGUACAUAGAUUAUACUGUAUUUUUAUAGCUCGCCGUACUCUGUGAUCAGUAUAAAGUUUCAAGCGAAAAUAGUUGUUUCAGAGGUGAUCGAUCAAGUGCGAUCUUCCAAAUUGAACCGCACCCAUCAGUGUUUAUUAAAAAAAACCAUGUAUGUCCAGAGAUUUCUCUGUUAAACGAUCGUAACCACGAGAACAAGGUAUAUACAAUGAAUAGUCUAAGUAACCAUGGCAUGGUGUAAUUUUUAAGACCGCCGGCAAACCCCGUCAGUGAAACACUAUUAUUUAUGGCACAGUUUCUUUUCACUUCAACAGAUGCUAGGUUCACAAAACGAUAUUACAUUUUAACAGUUCUCUUCUAUUCAAUGAAGCAAUAAAUGUUCUCGUCCCUUCAAUCUUCGAAUGAUUAUUAAUUUAUCCGAAUAAAUACUACUUCUUUCGCUAUCGAGUAGGAGGUUUGAACGGUAUCUAAAGCUUAUCAGUUUCUUAAUUACAGGUACCUGUUUUGAAGAAACGUUACGCAGCAUAGUUGAUAUCUCGUGGUCUCGACAAGAGCCGCAAUCAUUCUACGCUCAAAUUCAAUGUUUUGUCUAUCAGCCGUACACAUGUCCAGAAUUUGUGGUUAAAUCAACUAUAAGUGUCUAGAUAUACAGAGACUAAAGUUUUUUCGUUACCUCCUGAAAACGGUCUGAUCUCACUUUAGCGACCAAGGUAAACUGGAGUCCCUUCUCGCUUGAAAUUUGUUAGGUGAAUGUUUGUGUUACCGAGAUUAUAUUUAGCUAGAUCCACCACGAAUGGCGCACGAAAUAUUGAAUUAUGUUAAUUGACGAGAUAUUUUAAUCAUCGAUUCAUUAUUUCGCUUUGUAAAGAUUUUGCUCAUUACGCAACUUCAUUACUGUAACUUUCAUUGUAGCAACUCGUACAACAUUUAACGUAUUUCAACCUCUCGUGUAUUUCCGUUCGCUGGUAGGUCAGGCUGAGAUUCUGCUUGUACAAGAGAUUUACAGCACGAUCAAACAUGUUCUAGUAUAAAAGCUCUGACACGAUGCACGAUUAUAUACAUGUGAAUGCCGUUUCAAUAAUACCACAACUCACGGACAUGCGGUGUGCAAUCAGGAAAAAAUUUAACUUUCACUUUACAAAUUUUUAAUAUCAAUUCUGACUUUAAUAUUUAAUAAUGGAGAGGAUAUGCACAGGCGGCUAGUUGACAGGAAGUGUACAAGAAGUAUCAUUUGCUAUACCUAGAUCUUGGAUCCUAUAUUCUUCUUUCCUUAGAUCCUUCUUAAUUUAUCCUAACUCCUUGACCUAAAAUUGAAGACAAAUGAGAGACUUCUUCUAUAGCUACACUUACUCUUAACUAAGAAUAUAUGCAACCAAGUGCAUUAUCCCUCUAAAAUUCUAUGCUAAAAAAUCCUGGAGGCUGUAUUAUCUCAUCUUUAGACAGAAAGUUCAUUUAGAAGUAUACAUCUGUGUAUAAUACAUUUCCAGUUGUUAAAGUGUUAGUAUAGGACUCGGUUUUAAAUCUAACUUACAGCAAGAUAAAACCGAGGUAACUCUCAUAAUCUGUUCUAUCAUUUUUCUCUCUAUUGAAACAUCUAGCAUUGUGGAAGAAUUAUAAUAAGUUCAACAACAUAUGCAAUAAUAUUUUUAUAAUCUCAAGAAGAUAAAUGUCCACAAUGAAAGGUGUUUUUUAGACACAUGUGUUUGUAUACUCGUUUAAGGAAUGAACGAAUAAUCCACUCUGUAAUCGCUGUCAUUGCAGACGGGACAGCUGUUCAUCGCCAUUUGAUCAUUCACCGAUGCUUCUUUAAUCAUGAAGAUGUUCUAUUUUAUAUCACGCUUUCAGUAUGAUCGUCUAAACACGCUAACUCUACCACGCUGCUAAUACAUGUUCUUCAUCUGCUUCCACAACUGGCGAUAUAAUUAUCGAUCGAUGCAGUAUGUUUAAUAAUGUUUAAGAUCACUUUUUCGUCAUAACAUAUACCUUAGUUCUGGCCUUUUAGACGUUAGCCCAAAUCUUUAUUCUUAAUUAUGCGCAUAGCUUGACACCUUCACUGCUAUGAGGAUCAUCAGUCAGAAUAUUAAAACCUUCUAAAUAUCUAUACUAUUUAACAUAUGUGUACGUUAUUAUAUCGAGAUGUACAUUUAUUAACUUCUAGAUCACUGUUCUCCUAGAUUCUUUCAUUCCUGUGUUCCUACGUUCCUGGACCAGGCUUAUCAAUUUUUAGAUUUCUAGAUUUCUGAAGUUUUAGAUUUUUAGAUCUCUAGGUUUC